AUGGAGAAGAAAGAAGGAGCUCAUCAUGGUGCUCAUGUUUUAGUUGUCCCCUACCCUCUCCAAGGCCACAUUAACCCAGUCCUUCAGUUCUCCAAGAGAUUACUAAUCAAAGGGGGGAUCAAAGUUACACUGGCCGUCACCACUUCUUUUUUCAAAAAGUCCAUCCAAGCCCAAACUGGGCCUAUAAGAAUCGAGACAUUCUCUGACGGCUAUGACGAUGGUUUUCAGAACGAAGACAGCUUAGAGGAUUACUUCGAGAGCUUGAAGAAGGUGGGCUCAAAGACCUUAACACAACUCAUCAAGAAACAUCAAAGUUUGGGUGAUCCUAUAAGCUGUGUUGUAUAUGACCCUUUUCUCUCCUGGGCUCUGGAUGUGGCCAAACACUUUAACUUAAUUGCUGCUGCCUUCUUCACUCAAUCCCUUGCUGUUAACAGCAUCUACUACUAUGUGCAAAGGGGUCUACUCACCGUGCCAAUUGUCCCCGGCAACGUCAUUUCCGUCGCCGGAUUGCCACCGCUUACAAUCUCCGAUCUCCCAUCUUUUGUUUCUAGAUAUGGAUUGUACCCUGCGAUACUCACCUUAGUUACAAGCCAAUUUUCCAACAUCGACAAGGCAGAUUGUCUCCUUUUUAAUUCAUUUGACAAGCUGGAGCAAGAGGAAAUGAAUUGGAUGGCAAAGCAAUGGUCAGUGAAGACGAUCGGACCAACUUUGCCAUCGAUCUACCUCGACAAGCGAGUCGAAGGCGAUGAAGAUUAUGGCUUCAAUCUUUUCAAACCCAGUGCAGAUGUGUGCAUGAACUGGCUAAACAUGAGGGAAACUGGAUCUGUUGUCUAUGUAUCCUUUGGAAGCAUUGCUGAACUUGGAGAUGAACAAAUGAAUGAACUAGCAUUGUGUCUGAAGGAGACCAAUAAUUAUUUCUUGUGGGUAGUGAGAAAAUCAGAGGAGAAUAAGCUUCCAAGCAAUUUUGUGGUAGAGACAUUGGAGAAGGGUUUGGUGGUCACAUGGUGCCCUCAGUUGGAGGUGUUGUCCCACAAGGCUGUGGGAUGUUUUGUGACACAUUGUGGGUUGAAUUCAACUUUGGAAUCGUUGAGUUUAGGUGUACCAAUGGUGGGAUUGCCACAAUGGACUGAUCAGACAACGAAUGCAAAAUAUAUUGAGGAUGUGUGGGGAAUGGGAUUAAAAGUUAAGGUGAAUGAGAAGGGGAUUGCAAUAAAGGAAGAGAUAGAAGCAUGUAUAAUGGAAGUUAUGGAAGGAGAGAAAGGAAAAGGGAUUAGAGAGAACGCUAUCAACUGGAAAGAGCUUGCCAAAGAGGCAGUAGAUGAAGGUGGAAGUUCAGACAAGAACAUUGAAGACUUUGUUGCUCUAAUAUGUCAUGCCGAGUUCAAGGUGUGUGUAACAUAA